UUCGAACGACGCAAGCACAGCAACGGAUCGAGACGGGGGGGGGGAAUCGGUUCGGUUCGAGCGACAAAGGAUCGACACGAGACGAGACGACACGACACUAGACACCGCGGGCAAAGCCAAGGAAAGGGCAACCCACCGGGACGCGCUCCGCAGCGCACGGGAAUGCCCGGGGGCCCGAGAGGGGCCGGCCGCGGGAGGCGGCCCCUCCUUUCCAACCCGUACGCGGCACCGAGCCGCAAGCGGCCCCGGCCCGCAGAAGGGGCUUCCCCCGGCCCCCGGGGGAGGGUCCUUCCGAGCCAAGAGGACCCCUCGAAAGGCACCCCCGCACCACCCAAGAAAGCGCCUCCUUCCGAAAGGGACCCCCGCUGUUGCGAGGUCUCCUCAAUGGCGUCCGCCCUCGUCGUCUCCGCGAGCGACAAGGCCGGGAUGGAGGGGAUCGACCGGUCGAGGAUCGACGCGAUCCUCCUCCGGGAGUCGGGAAACUCCCUCUUCAUGAGGCAGCAGAAAAAGAGGGACGAGAAGGUCGACGAGCGGGUCGAGCGGCUCAAGCAGAGGGUGGAGGAGGCCCCCUUCCGCCUCGGAGCGGGCCUUUCCCUCGAAGAGGAGGCCGACGAGGAGAUCCGGGCCUGCCAGCGAUCCCAGGCCACCCGGGCGACCUGCGUGGUGGUGGACAUGGUGGGUCGAUGGCGUGGCGUGUUUGUUUGUUUGUUUGUGUUUGUUUGUGUCUUCGAUGCGUUGUGUGUGGUUUCUGGGAGGUUUUGUGCGUGUUUUUUUCUGUUUGGUGUUCUGUGUUGUGUUGGUGUGUUGGUUGGUUUUGCCUCUGGCGUUGUGCCUUGCGUCUGGCAGAAACUGACCGUUUCGUUCUCCCACCCUUUCGACGCUUUGCCAUUCGCUGCGACAUGCAAUGAUCCAACGCAACGCAACGCAACACAAACGACACGCCACGCAAACGACAGGACAUGUUCUACAUGGCGUGCGAGCUCCUGGAACGGCCCGACCUCGAGGACAAGCCGGCGUGCGUCGGGAGGGGGAUGAUCCUGACCAGCAACUACGUCGCGCGGCGGUACGGGGUCCGCUCGGCCAUGGCCGGCUUCCUCGGGGACAAGCUGGUCGAGGAGCUCUCGGAAGGCCGGGAGCGCCUGGUCCACCUGCCGUCGAACUUUGGCCUCUACCAGGAAAAAUCGGGGAUCGUCCUCGGGGUCCUCCGCGAGUACGAUCCCUUCCGGAUGCGGUCCCGGUCCCUCGACGAGGCCUUCCUCGACAUCGGCCCGUACCUGGUGGUCUUUCUCAUGCACCCCGGCUUUUCCCACGAACAGAUCCGCGACGCGCUGCGCUCGGGGGGGACGGCCCGGGGGCCCCGGACACCACAGCAACAGCAACAGCAAGACCAGCAACAGCAAGACCAGCAACAGCAACAGCACGACUGGUCCUGCCCGGAAACGGCCAUGGGCUUCCUCGAGACCCUCUCGCCCCUGGCCUGCUCGGACGCGGUCGAGAGGGUCGUCUCGCGGCUCCGCGCCCACGUCCGGGAGGCCACCGGAGGGCUCACCUGCUCGGCGGGGGUCGGGCGGACCUUUGCCAUUGCCAAGAUCGCCAGCGACAAAAACAAGCCGGACGGCCAGCUGGUGGUGGAUCCCUCGGCCACCCAGGCCUUUGUGUGGUCCCUCCCGGUCCGGAAGAUCCCCGGCAUCGGCCGCGUCACGGAAAAACUCCUCCGGGGGGCCUGCGGCAUCCGCACCGGAAGGGAGCUCUACCAGAAGCGGGGGCUGGUCAAGUGGCUCUUCCCGCCGGCGACCGCCGGCUUUUUGCUCCGGGCCUCGGUGGGCUGCAGCAGCGGAAGCAACGGCGGCGACGGGAACGGCGGGGAGGAGCACCAAAAGGGGAUCGGCCGGGAACGAACCUUCCGGCCCGAGUCGGACUGGGAGGGGCUGAGGGCGCGGCUACGGGACAUUGCGCGCAAGCUGGCGGACGACAUGGCGAGAAAGUCGGUCGUCGGGCACACGAUCACGGUCAAGGCCAAGCUCGAGACCUUCGAGGUCCUGAGCAGGGCGGAGAGCCAGAAGCGCGGGGUCUACCUCCGGACCCCGGAGGAACUGGAGGAGGCCUCGGUCGGCCUCCUCGCUUCCAUCCGUUCCGCCCACCUGGGGGGAAACGCCCGGAAAUUCUCGGUGAGGCUCCUGGGGAUCCGGUGCUCCAACCUGCUCGGGGUGUCUUCCCUCCGGGCGGGGGGAACGAUCGAGCGGUUCUUUUCCUCGUCGUCGCGUUCGCCCCCUUCCGUGGGAGGCUCGGGCCGCGGCACCGGAACCCCGGAACGCGAGACGACGGAAGACGGCAACCACAAGGACGAAACAACUCCAUCGUCGGUCCAAAGAACGCCGUUUGCCCACCGGCAUCGCACGCAGCAACAACAGGACCUCGUCACCGGUUGGUCGAAGCAAGCAGGAGAAACCGCUCCGGAGAAGAAACGGCUUUUCCUUUCGGGUCAUCCGUGGCUCCCGCUGCAGCGGCCGCAAGGGAUGCGGCCGUCGCCCCCGGCGGUUGCGGGUCCGACGCGGAGAAGAAACGCAAGCGAACCGAACGCGUCGUGUGCUGCCCGUUGUGCUCUCGGUCCUUUCCGGCCGAGGACAACGACGCACUGAAUGCCCACAUCGACACCUGCCUGAACGGCGUCCACGGAACGUCUACGGUCCGCCGGGCGAUCCGGGAAGAAGAAUCACGACUCCGGUGUGGUCCGGCGGCGGGCACCGGGGCGUCCCGAGCCAAGCCGAGGCGCCUCACCGAUUUUUGGAAGGCGAACACCUGAGGUCUCCACGGUUCGUAUUGAACUGAUCCACUAUCGAAGCAAAAUAAAUAAGCAGAACGCUA